CGGAGGCCGGAGGAACCGAGCCAGAGCCGGAGCCCGAGCGCGGCCGCCGCCUGCCGGGCCUCCCCUCGCCGCGGCCGGCCGCCGCGCUCCCGCCCGGGCGCCCAGCUAUGUACUCCCCGUACUGCCUCACCCAGGAUGAGUUCCACCCGUUCAUCGAGGCGCUGCUGCCUCACGUCCGCGCCUUCUCCUACACCUGGUUCAACCUGCAGGCGCGGAAGCGCAAGUACUUCAAGAAGCACGAGAAGCGGAUGUCGAAGGACGAGGAGCGGGCGGUGAAGGACGAGCUGCUGGGCGAGAAGCCCGAGAUCAAGCAGAAGUGGGCAUCCCGGCUGCUGGCCAAGCUGCGCAAAGACAUCCGGCCCGAGUUCCGAGAGGACUUUGUGCUGACCAUCACGGGCAAGAAGCCCCCCUGCUGUGUGCUCUCCAACCCCGACCAGAAGGGCAAGAUCCGGCGGAUUGACUGCCUUCGCCAGGCCGACAAGGUGUGGCGGCUGGACCUGGUCAUGGUGAUUUUGUUUAAGGGGAUCCCCCUGGAAAGUACUGACGGGGAGCGGCUCUACAAGUCGCCCCAGUGCUCGAACCCCGGCCUGUGCGUGCAGCCACAUCACAUUGGAGUCACAAUCAAAGAACUGGAUCUUUAUCUGGCUUACUUUGUCCACACUCCGGAAUCCGGACAAUCAGAUAGUUCAAACCAGCAAGGAGAUGCGGACAUCAAACCACUGCCCAACGGGCACUUAAGUUUCCAGGACUGUUUUGUGACUUCCGGGGUCUGGAAUGUGACGGAGCUGGUGAGAGUAUCACAGACUCCUGUUGCGACAGCAUCAGGGCCCAACUUCUCGCUGGCAGACCUGGAGAGUCCCAGCUACUACAAUAUAAACCAGGUGACCCUGGGGCGGCGGUCCAUCACCUCCCCUCCUUCCACCAGCACCACCAAGCGCCCCAAGUCCAUCGAUGACAGCGAGAUGGAGAGCCCUGUCGAUGACGUCUUCUAUCCUGGCACAGGCCGCUCCCCAGCAGCUGGCAGCAGCCAGUCCAGCGGGUGGCCCAACGAUGUGGAUGCAGGCCCGGCUUCUCUAAAGAAGUCAGGAAAGCUGGACUUCUGCAGUGCCCUCUCCUCUCAGGGCAGCUCCCCGCGCAUGGCUUUCACUCACCACCCGCUGCCUGUGCUUGCUGGAGUCAGACCAGGGAGCCCACGGGCCACAGCAUCAGCGCUGCACUUCCCCUCCACAUCCAUCAUCCAGCAGUCGAGCCCAUACUUCACGCACCCGACCAUCCGCUACCACCACCACCACGGGCAGGACUCGCUGAAGGAGUUUGUGCAGUUUGUGUGCUCGGAUGGCUCGGGCCAGGCCACCGGACAGCCCAACGGUAGCGGCCAGGGCAAAGUCCCGGGGUCAUUUUUGCUACCACCGCCGCCUCCAGUGGCCAGACCUGUGCCCCUUCCUAUGCCUGAUUCCAAAUCCACCAGCACUGCCCCAGACGGCGCCGCCUUGACUCCUCCAUCACCUUCAUUCGCAACGACAGGCGCCUCCUCUGCCAACCGGUUUGUCAGCAUCGGACCCCGGGACGGCAACUUUCUGAACAUCCCACAGCAGUCUCAGUCCUGGUUCCUCUGAUAAGAUCGACAAAAGAAAUGGCAAAAUGAAAAGAAGAGGUUCCUCAAAAGGGGGGAGAAGAAAUUUUGAGACGUGGAAAAAAAUCCCCCAGCCCAGCCCAGCCCCACCGAAAAGCAAAAAUUAGACGUCGUCAGCCACUCAGCCCUUCUCUCCUCCAGCCCGGGGACCCCUGCAGGCCCCCAGAAGCAGCUCAGUUCUCGGAGAGCCUCAGAAGAGGUCUCGGUGGAGCUGUGCACCAGCAGCCAAGCAGAAAGAAACAUGCAAAACGGACUCUGUCAAGUAGAGGACAGAAAGAAAGGAUGCAGAACUGCCUUCCUCCCCCCACAUCCCGUCCCGGCCUUCUGGGGAAGGAGCAAAAUCCCCAAACAAAGCAACCAGCACAAUUCUGAAGGGGCCUGUCCCCCACCCUCACCCUUCCUAGGGGAACCCCACCCUCGACUAGGGCCGGAGCUUCACUAGGGAGCUCAGAGGACCAGCUUGUAAAGAUGAUGGGGUGCAGAUCCAGAGGGCUCUCCCCUCCAGACUCCACCCCCUCCCUCCCUCACUGCCUUUGCCUCUGGCUUCUUCCCCCAGCUGCUCUGGACCGGGUGAGGCAGGGUAGCCUCGCGAUGUCCCUCUGUCCCACCCUCGGGCUAGAAGCCCCCCAACCCCGGCUGGGCAGGGGGCAUCUCCCGGAGCUAGUUUUGUGCUCCCAGAAUGGAGGGUGUUCUACCACCCGACCCUGAGCUGCAGGGGCAGUUCCCCGAGCCCCAAACCCCUCUGUACAGUCCAUAGGAAAAGGUCGGAAUGCUCUAGACAGCCCAUCCCAGCCUGGGACAGGUCCCCUCUUCCCUCUCUCCCAAGGCAGGCCAGGAAGGUCACCGUCCUGACAUGCUACACGUGAGGGGAGGUGGGCCCCAGGUUGCCCCCACACCCCAGCCCCGCAUGCAGGUGCCCUCGCUCCGCCCCAUCGGUCCCUGCCCCUGCCCCUACGCAGACAGCCCUGCUGUGGCCGGGCCGGAGAGUGGAGCAGAAAGGGGACCCCGGAGUCGAGCGAGGAGGACGAGGCAGCCGCCGCUGCCGUUGGCUAAACCGCCACCCGCGCUAGGUAGGCGUCCUGCUUGCCGACUUUCAGUUCCUUUGGAGGGUGUUGGGUGUCGUCCUUUUUCAAAAGUGUUUUGGAGCUUUCUCUGCCUCCCCUUUCCCCCACGCCACCCCCAUGGCCACUUCUCUCUGGA